AUGUUCUCGAGAAUACAAUUAGGUUUACGCUCUAACAAGCCCUUUCUUCAAGGAAGCAUCAACAGAAGCAAAACGGUCUGCUUCAUACCAAACUGUACAAGAUUUCAGAGCACCCAAGCAACAAAUACGGAUGAUAAAGUUAUAAAUAAUAACGAGAUAGUCAAGAAAAAUGGAUCACCUAUAACAGAGGAAACUAAGACGGUAACCAAGAAAGAAUCUUCCAAGAAGACUACAAGGCCUGGUUAUUUUACUCCGCCCAAAGAUCCUGGUCUACAUGGGAAAUUCCAAGAAGAUUAUGAAAGAAUUACAAAGUAUACACUAAUACCAUUGGUAUUAGCUCCAUUUUGCACGUCGUACGCUGGGAUAGCAUUUCACCCGAUGCUGGAUGCAACUCUAGGGAGUGCAUUUUUAUUGUACGCACAUUACGGAUUUUCCUCAUUGAUCUACCAAUAUUUACCUAAGGAGAAAUAUCCUAGAUGGAGCACUGUGUCUCUUUGGACACUAUAUUCUUCAUCGUGCCUGGCGUUUUAUGGUCUUUAUGAACUUGAAACUGAGAACAAUGGUAUUGUCGAUCUCAUCAAGAAACUUUGGAACUUUGAUGAUAGGAAUGUCUUUGUCUUUAGUACUUCAUAA